AUGCACACUGGACCUCGAAUGGAGCGUGCGCACCCAAUUCCCUAUGCAAAUUUGCACUCAUCUCCCGCCACUACUGUAUGGUACCGAGAGGCCUGCCUGCCUCACCCACAGAUAUCAACGGCAGGAAACAUAGAGCUCAAACAUGAAGCGGUAGACGCGAGACAAGAGCGACGUAGCGCAGUGGAGAUUGAAUCCGACAGGCCGGAUGAUAUUGUUGGAAUUACAAGCGUUUUAUCACGGCAAAUGAGCUCGCGCGCAAGCCGACAAUGGCGGAGCCGUCAUGCCGAACGUCGCCUUCUCGAGAUCACGACCGCGACAUCAGAAAUCAAUAAUCGACUGAUUUAG